AUGUCAACUCAAAUUCUUUCUGAAAAACUUCAAUUCGGAACCAAAAUCAAAGGUCAUGUUAAUAUUGACACUUAUAGUUAUCAUCAACAUUUAAAACUUUCACCUGAUGAUAUUUGGCUAGCUAUUGCCUUGGGAGUCAGCAAAAAAGAAAUUAAUGUUUAUGUUGAUGGCCUUUUGGAUUUUAGUGGUGAAUAUAUUGGAGGAAAUUGGGACCAAGCGGUUCAACGGUUAACUGAUGCAACUGAUAGUCAAGUUAAAGAUGAAGUUGGAAUAAAAAGAUUAUUAGAAUGUAAUUUUACAACUACAACUCCUACUACAAAAACUGCUAGUAAUAUCAUAUUAUUAGAUACUGUCAAGUCCUAUUUUGAUUAUAGAAUGUCAACUUGUUGUGGCAUUCCAAAGAUCACUUUGACUGGUACUUUAGAAGAUUGGAUGAAAAUUCAAGAAAAAUUAGUUCAAUUAAGUAAAUUAAAUUUGGAUUUAGAUUUUUGGUUAAAUAAAUUAGAUCCAAUUGUUGGGGAAUUUGUUUCGACUUAUAAAGGUGAAAUACAUGAAGAUUUUUGGAGUAGAGUUUUGUCUUACCAAUCUUAUGGCUCUGAUGAGCCUACUUUAAGUGGUUGGAUUACCAUGUUCUUUCCUUAUACUUGUGAUGGUCAUCCUUUAGGAGGAAUUGCGGAAUUAGGUGAUUUACCUUAUGGUCGAGUUAGUGUACCCUUUAUCGGUAGUUUUGAUGAAGUCAGCAUGGAUUUAAAGCUGCAACUUGUUACGGGUUUUAUAGGCCACAAACAAGAAAGUGUUAACAAUAAUGAUGGUGAUGUAGAAAUUAUUGUUUCACCUGUAAUUAGUUGGGCGAUUGCUGAAAAUAAUGAAUUACAAGCUGACAGUUAA